UUUGUGCUGUCUGAACACAUGCUAGGCUAAAGAGAGCUCUUCCGUUAUUUUUUAAAGGAAAAUUUCCAACAAAAAAACAUGAUGGGUCAAACUUUACGGAAAUGUAGUGACAAAAGAUAGUGUUUUUUUUUUCAUAGAAAUUCAACGGGUAAUUAAUAAAAUUAAAUGAGUUCAAUUUAAAAGUAACUAGAGUUAGAUUUUCUGUCGUUCUAUUUCGUGUUAAGUAAAGUUGUGAGCAUUAAUUUUUAGAUACAGUUAUAGAAAUAUUCAUUUGGAUUUGCAUAUUAAAAAAACAACUUUACAGGAUCACGUGACACUUUAUGUUACAAACACCAUUGAUCAACAGAAGACACCUUUACAUUCAGACACCAUGAUGAAAUUGGAGAUCAUUUGUUGCUUGCUUGCGUUCACUGGCACACGUUUAAAGAAUGGGGCUGAAGCUCAGCAGAAUGGACUGGUCACCAUCAUGGACGGCCGGGUCAACCUCACGCUUAAGGCGAGCGGGCUAGUCGAGCUGUCCUGGUGUUUAUGUCACAUGACACUAGUCACCUGCACUACAAAAACAUCGCAUAUCGCGGAUUCAACCAAGCGGAAACGAGCCUCUAUUCAAACAACGAAGACGAUGACAUCACAUCAGGUGUACCGGACCCUAACCUGUAACAUCACCUCACCCGAGGAGGGUCACCAUAUCCACAUCUCGUGUCGUCGGGCUAGGGAUUUGGUACACCACGAUGGCCGUCCUCCUUUACGACAUGUUCGAGUAAAAUUACAUCCGCCGGUGAAAGUCAAACAAGGCGCGGACGUCCAAGACGUUUGUGAUUUUUACCGUGCUUCGACAGGUUCUGGUUCCCACUUUUCAAGGAACCUUGUACAGCAAAGUUCGGUUCCCUCGAGAUAUAAUUCGAAGGAAGAAUUUAAAAGAAGGUCGCAUUUAAACUUUACGGAGAAAACGAAAAUAACAAAGAACAUCUCCAAUACGACGCCAUUGAUGUUUAGAAGAAGACAAGAAACAAAGUCACGAGGAGAUGUUCUUCACACUUUGAGCCCUCUUACACAAGUACGUCAUACAUCAGUACGUUACACACAAGUACGUCAAACACCAAUGCGUCCCACACCCAUACGUAUACCAACAACACGUCCCACACCCAUACGUAUACCAACAACACGUCACACACCCAUACGUCAACCAACAACACGUCACACACCCAUACGUCAACCAAUACGUCAACCACGAAUGCGUCACACACCAAUACGUCAUACACCAACACGUCACACACCUAUACGUCAACCACCCACACAUAAAACAUUAAGACCUCACAUACCGCGACGUAACACCCCAACUCCUCAAAUUCCCAUACGUCCCUCACUAACACGUCCCCCACCAAGACGUCCCACACCUGUACAUCUCCCCAUCAAACAUCUCCAAUCAAGACGACACAAACGUCACGCAAACGUCAACUCCGACCACCACACCGACGACAUCCUGCAUAGAAACAGCCGCACGAAUGCUGUUCGUGUCGUGGAAACGGUAUUAGGGCUGUUCCUGUUCGGUGCUGUUUCUCUCGCCGUGGGCUGCGCUGUUUGUUCAAAUAAACAGAAACCCACGGUCCAGGAUGACGUGGAGGAACCGGAACCGGAAGUGACCACCGGAUGUCUCUCUUAUACAUGCGCUCGCAGACGUCAAUGCCAGGGUUCCUUGCUAUCCUGCUGCGCUGCCUUCUGCCAGAGAAUACAAACAAGUCGAUACUUCCAAUGGUGUCAACGACACGACAAUAACAAUACCACACAACAAACCAACACACCCACCAGAACAUCUGGCAAUACGCAAGUCAAAACCGGAAGUGAUAAUUUCAAAAUUCAGAUCCACAUUGGACCCGAGACCAAUAGCUACUGUGAGAUCGAUAUUUGCAGCCUUGAGGACAACCCGGAGUCUCCUGGGACGGAUGGCUCCAAAUCUCCCAACGGACAAGUCAGCCGCGCUAUGUCUGAACCUGGUAAAUCCAAAUACAAGACUUACUCCCAAGAUCGUGUUAUCAACACAAGCAAAGCUCGUAACCAAGGCAACCAAGGAUCUGAGAUCGGCGCCGGCGUACAAGACAUGCAUUACUGCUCGUCGGAAAUUGCCGUAAAAAGCCGGAGUUCUCCGAGUCUGGCCGUAAACUCAGGGACCAAGUACUCAACGUUAGGGGAGAUCACCAGGGUCCAUAACUCGCACUACAACGUCACGCCGGUCACGCAGAAUAACCGGAAGUCGAAGAAACGGGUUAUGAUCCGCGCGAACACCGCACCGAAGGAGAUCUACUCUCUGGCUCAGCCCAUGUUGGAGCCGGACGGAGCCGGAAGCGACCGGAGAUCCACGGAUGACAUCGCCUUGCCGUCGAGAGUCGCCAACAAAUCGAGCCCCGAUUACAACAAUAGUGAAUCCGACGACACCGGGUUGUAUGCGGUACAAGAAAAUGUCUACGCCGAUCCGGUGAGCUUGUACGAUACCCCUAAGUCGAUACCAAGUAAUGUUUAUUUUGAGCUGGAGAAAUGUGGAGACACUUGACUUUACUGCAGCAGUAAGGGAAACUUUGACAGAUUAUUCUCAGAAAAACAAUAAAAAUAUAAAACAAUGAAGGAAACUUAGACAAAAUAUUCUCAGAAAAUCAAUAAAAAUAUAAAACAAUGUACUAUAAAUAAAAAGUUCAAAACAAAUACAACAAGAAACUUGUUGAUUGUAAGUCUCGGUAAGAUGAAUAAGAAAACAGAUUUGGCCCAGGAUGUGAACGUUGUCUAGUUGAUUGUGAAGACAGGUCCACACACAAGUCAGGUCAACGUCCCAGAGUUCACCCAGCUCUAAUGGGAAAGUAAAAGAGCCUGGGCUUAGUAUUGACAACACUAUCCCUUCAAAGGUCGAGGUCACAGAAACAGGUGAACUCUACUUCACUUGGCCGAUUGGUCCGUGAUGUUCGUAAAGGAAACUUUACUUUUUACAAACAUUACAGACCAUGACAAAAAUAUCAUUUCAAAUUACUAUCUAUUUAUCGUUACUUGUUUUAAUUUAUUAUAAAAUUAAUACAUUUUUUAUUCUAUGCACGUUACUAUAACGUCGUUCUCAUUUUAGGGAUAU